AAGCGCGACAAGACCGUCGACCGAAUUAGAAAGGAAGCGGAGGCAUCGGGGUCGCCGCGUUUUGCGUUUGUACACAACAAAAACACGGCGCGUCGCUCGCGCCUCCUGCUCUGUGCGUCUCACCCCGUAGCUUAUCAACCGGCGCGUGACCGUGAUCGAGCAGUCCUUAGCCGUGGCUCGGUUUCUAAUUAAGGGUGGCCCACCUCGCGCGGACGCGUUGCGACGAGGUUUGCGACGAGCUUUCCGACCGCGAACCGAAUCAUCCUCUAUUGCCAUUGCCCCCCCUAGGAUUCCGGGAUCGCGGCGUGUGACACGACCGCGCGCCAGAGGAGAGCAAAACAAAGAGACUUAGAGGGAAAGAGAAAGACGAAGGCAGAGAGAGAGGGAAAAGAAAGGUAGAGAGAAAGGAGUAGGGAGACAGAGAGAGAGAGAGAGAAAGAGGGAGAGAUAGAAAGAGAUGCAUCGAUGACACGUGCGGGGGACACGUCGCGUCCAACAACGGCCGUCCAACGACUGUCAACACCCUAGGUGUCCUAGCUGCUAGGGGAUUUAUGAAUGAUCAACGAUCGGUGGGACGGAACCGAUUGAUCCAUCGAUCAGCCACGUCGAACUGAAACUAUCUCCGCGAAAGACUCGUGGAAAUUCGUUGCACGCUCGCCGUCGAUCGUUGCCGGAUCGUUCGGAAAGAGGGAUCAGUCGAUCUUGCCGAUCUUGCGGAGAAUCUUGCGGAGGAUCUUGCGGAGGAUUCAGCUGGCCCUAGGAGAAACGAGGUGACAUCUCGUCCCGCAGAAAAGAAAGAAGAAGCCAUCGGGGAAGAGGAAGAGGCUGCUUCAGCCGAAGGAGUAGAGAGGGAAAGGAAAAGAGAGAGAGACAAGAGAGGGAGGGAUUCUAGGUGGUAAUAAUCGUCGAAUUCGCUCGGGCGAUAAAGACGGCGAUCAAACACCACCGCGUGUUCACCAAUGAGCGUAGCGUGCAGUGGUUGCAAACAAGGAGAAAACCGUGGAACGCGCACGAGGAACAGACAGUGCAGCGCUUCGGCGACCGGGGUCCUCCAGAUACCCGGCUCACCAUCGACAUCACCUGACCCGAGCGUCACUGCCAUACAGACAGACGAUCCGCGCAACGUAACCGCCAACCACCAUGGGUCUCGACUUCUUGGCAGACGGAGGUGCCGAUUUCGAGCAUGCAAUCACCGUAACAGGCUUCGGGAAGUUCCAUUAUAUGCUGCUGGCGGUAUGCGGACUGAUUUACAUGGACACCGCGAUCGGGGUUACGAUACUCUCGUUCGUGCUACCUGCGGCGCAAUGCGACUUGGAAAUGGACUCUACGUCCAAAGGGUGGCUGACUGCGUCCCCUAUGUUAGGAAUGGUGAUUGGGUCCUACAUAUGGGGAUGCCUGGCUGACACGAAGGGUCGCAAAGUCGUGUUAAUCAUCACAUUGUUAAUGGACGGUAUCGUGGGCAUCAUUUCCUCGUUCGUCCAGUACUUCUGGGUAUUCCUGGCCUUCCGUUUCUUCAACGGGUUCGCCGUUACGGGAGCUAUGGGAAUUUGUUUUCCGUAUUUAGGGGAGUUCCAGCCGACAAAGUAUCGCGAAAGAUGUCUUUGUUGGAUGGAAAUGUUCUGGACCGUCGGAGUUAUAGUAUUGCCACUGAUCGCAUGGCUGAUCAUACCAAUGGACUUCAUGUACGUCUCAGACGCGUUCUACUUUAAGUCGUGGAAUCUCUUCGUAGCGCUGUGCGCGCUACCCUCGCUGAUGCUGGGCCUCUGGCUGUUCGCGUUCCCAGAGAGCCCGAAGUUUCUUCUCGAGUGCGGCGAGACGGAAGCCGCCCUCGAGGUCUUUAAAUGGAUCUACUCGCAGAAUACCGGGAAGAGUGCCGAUAGUUACCCGGUGAAAUGCUUGCAAGAGAAGACCAAAGAUAAGAGUACAAGGUCGCUGAAGCUACACAAGAGGAAGGAUCUAAAGGUCCUGUUGAAGGAAGUGCGAGACCUCACGGCUGCUCUGUGCAAAUCGCCGUAUCUUCGCAACACACUGCUGGCCUGCGGUAUCCAAUUUGGACUAACCAGCAGCUACUACACCCUCAUGGUUUGGUUCCCGGAAUUGUUCACCAGAUUCGAGCAUUUCGAGCACCUUAAUCCCGAUCAGAGCACGUCGGUGUGCAUAGUAUCGCAGCAGUCGGACAACACGACGAUCACCGACCCUUUCGGAUGCAACACGGACAUCACGCCCUCCGUUUACUUGCACACCGUGUACAUAGGACUCGCUUGCAUUCCUGGAUCCAUCAUUCUACCGCUGUUCGUGCACAAAUUGGGCGCGAAGUUCUUCCUAAUCGUGUCUCUGUUAGUAUCGGGCGCAGUGACAGUCGCCUUUUAUUAUGUCGUGAACGCGACGCAGAAUCUGAUAUUGUCCUGCGUGUUCGAGGCACUGACGUCUCUCGGUAUCUCGUUAGUGUAUUGCGUAAUCGUCGACAUGUUCCCGACGAAUCUCAGAGUAAUGGCCGCUGCGUUGUCCCUAACAAUGGGUCGACUGGGUGCUCUCGUGGGUAAUUUGGUGUUCGGAUACCUGAUCGACUUGGCCUGCGUGGUUCCUAUAGUUUUAUUCGCGGCAUUUUUAUUCAUAUGCGGGUUCAUGUCGUUCCUGUUGCCGAAGACAGGAAAAGAGACACUCGAAUAACGGGAAGACGGAGUCGCCUUCCGGCGAGAAACGACCAAAGAGACUAUUCAACCAAAGUAGAACGAGGAACAGAAAAUAAUUCGCGUCGAAAACAAUUGUUCGAACUUCGAACGGAGUCGCAAAUGUUUUCCGUUUUCACGGUUAUCAUAAGGUAGACCGUGUGACCCGUUAACCGAGUGAUUUUUCAUCGCGAAAACUCGCGCAAUCGAGUACGGAGAUGAGAGACAAUGCAAUCGACGCUACACUAAAUAGGAAAACGAAAACUGUUUCGGAAAUGAUCGACCAGUUGACUCAUCUUCCUCGGUUAACGAUCUUAACGAAAGCGUAGGGAGACUUUCUACGGGAGUCCGCUUACCAUUUCCGGUUGCUUCUGUAAAUUUCGUGUAGAUACAUAAUAUUUAUUCGCGCAUGCGACUACCUCGCGUCUUUUUUCGUUCUCAUUUCCCGUUUCGUUUCGUCGCGAGUAACUUCCGCCGUGGUAGAGAAAAUUCAUUAGGAAAUAAUAACCGGAGGUAAUUAGACUGCGAACGUUCGCGAAGCGUUCCCGGACCGUGAGUCUUGUGCAUUUACAGCAUACCUCGAGAGAAAUAUUGCGCUAGGAUUUCGUACGGUUAUUGAACUAGUUCGGGAGUCGAUAGAAAUGCUUGAGAACAAGCUUUAAACUUUGAACUCUUUUAUAUUUGUCUUAGGACGAAAUUAAUUGGGGGGGCGGAAGUUAUUUGCGACUGCGAUCAGUGUAAUGUAUAUUUAAGGAAACUGUAUAUCUAUGCGCGAAAUGGACGCCACGCGACGUUAGGGAGUCCUGUUUUAUUCGUUUGUAAAAGCCUGUAUUCCUGGAUGAAUUCGAAUAAACAU